CGUUGCCUGAACAUUCACAAGAUUCUUCGCCCAUAUACGGUGCACCUGAUCCUCUGAGCUGGACGUCUGAAGCGAUGAUCGCAAACAUGAUUGUGUUGCUGUGUUUGCCUGCGCUGCUGAUGGGUGCUUAUGUGGUCAAAUCGGAUUGUUUUCUUGCAAAAGACUGCUCUGAUAUUUAUGAGAGUGGAUAUACUACCAGUGGCGUGUACUCAGUUUCCUCAAUAGAUGGACCAAUGCAGGUCUACUGUGAGAUGGUCUCUGGUGAACAAAAUGACCAAGGACACUGGACGGUGAUUCUCAGGCGAAUGGAUGGCGAGGUGAAUUUCUUUAGGGCAUGGGAGAGUUAUAAAUGGGGUUUUGGUAAUAAAGAAGGCGAAUACUGGCUGGGUUUAGAGUUUCUUCACCAGCUGACACGCAGAUAUCAGUAUAGACUCAGAGUAGAUUUGGAGGAUUUUGAAGGCAAGAAGGUUUAUGCUGUGUACGAGUCUUUCUCUGUGGACGGUGAGGCUGAUGGGUACAAACUGCAUGUGAGCGGCUUUGUAAAUGGAGGAGCAGGUGAUUCUUUGACUUAUCACAAUGGAAUGAAGUUCUCCACCUUUGACAAAGACCAAGACCUUUCAGAAGGGAACUGUGCUAUGAAAUACUAUCAAGGAGGGUUUUGGUACAACAAUUGUUAUAAAACAAACCCCACUGGUCACUAUUUGCAGAAGAAAGAUAAUACAGCAACAGAUAUUGGAGCCACUUGGUACUACUGGAAGAACAACUGGAAAUCUAUGAAGUCCAUCACCAUGAAGAUCAGACGUGUAAAGUAGAGCAGGAGUUUCCAUCCUUUACAUAUGCUUUACUGCAGCUUGUGCACAACGGUAUGCAUGCAUGUGGAGCUUUCUUAGCAUAUGGUAACAAACAAGUCCUGUGACUUUUUAUGAUGACAAAUAUUUCCAAAUGUGAAAAAACCUCAAACUUAACACAUACUGUCUUCUGUGAAAAUAUAUAAAGAAGAACUUGACAGGUUCUUCACUAGCAAAACCUCUGUAUCCCACUGCAGCAGCUGGAAUUACAUCUGUCUGAAGAAAUAAAAGUUUAUUAUCAAA